GUGAAGUGAAGUACGAUUAGGCAUUUGACAAGAAGACAAGAGAAGAGAAACUUCCUGCUAACAAAAGGAGCUACCAGUCUUUUCACCUUCAAUCAUGUCAUCGUCAAAGCCAGAAGAGCAGCUAGCCUAUGAGCUGAGCUGCCCCAUCUGCCUUCAGCUCUACUCUGAUCCGGUGGCUCUCCCCUGUGGGCACAACUACUGUCAAGCUUGUAUCCGCAAGAGUAUUGACAGCACAGAGAAGGGUGGCAAAAUACUGCCACGCUGCCCAGAAUGUCGCGAGGAGUAUCCCGGCAUGGAUACCCUGCAGAUAAAUUUCAAACUCCGCAGCAUCAUCGAGAAUUACAGAGCCAGCGCACCGCUGCUGAACAUGCAGGCUGAGACUGUGGACAGCCAAAUGGAGAUUUUCUGCGAUCACUGCAUAGACGAACAGUCACCGGCUGUGAAGACCUGCCUGAAGUGUGAGGUGUCUCUGUGCUCCAGGCACUUUCAGAAACACCACGAGAAGGAGUUGUUCAGGACACACACUGUGGUGGAGCCCACGAAGGAGCUGGGCGUGAAGAACUGUGCCACCCACCAGCGUCCCCUUGAGUACUUUUGUUCCAACGACUUGACCACUCUGUGCACCGUGUGCAUCGUAGAAGGCCAACACCAGAGCCACGAUGUGCUCACCUUCAGUGUAGCUGAAGAGGAGAUGAGACGAGCACUGGACACCCGAAAUAAGGUCAUUUCCAGCAGGCUGCAGCUGACAGAGGGCCUUCUACAGAAGGCUGCGGAGGAUCAGGGAACGUCUGAGGCUACCGAAGACAAAAUGGUCAGCAAAGCUGUUGCAGUCAUGGAAAGUAUUGGAGCACUAGUAGACAGGUACAGGGACCGUCUACAUUCGCUGCUGGAUGAGGAGAGAGGACAUCGCCAGAAAAACUGGCAGCUAGGAAUGAGUGCACUUGAGGACCAGCAGCAGCAGCUGCUAGAGGCCCAAAAGAGUGCCGAAGAGGUCCUCAGUGAGACAGACACAUGCGUCUUCAUACACAGGUUCAUGCAAGUUGAACAAAAGCUGAGAGAUGCUGCCACAAGCACCAUUUCCUCCAAAAUCCCCCCAAAGAUGCCGUUCAACAUGAAGUCCCUCAAAACCCAAGACUUCUGCUCGGAAAUGAUCCGCCUCAUGGAUUCUCUUCAUAUCCUCCUCAACCCACAGGAACUCAUCUUCAACGUCUACACCGCCCACCCUAGCUUGUUGUUGUCCAAUGAUCUGCGCACAGUCAAGUACAGCUCCAGCAAGCAGUCAUAUUCGGAGCACCCGGAGCGUUUCACAAGCAUACCUCAGAUCCUGUGCAAUCAUGGUUUCUCUAGUGGGGAGCAUGUAUGGGUUGUAGAAGUGGGGGCCAACAGUAUGUGGUCAAUGGGUGUAUGCUACAAGACCAUCCCUCGCCGUGGUGACCACAGUCGUCUAGGGCACAACCCUGUGUCCUGGAGGCUGCAGUGGAAAAACGGCAAGAUGACAGCGUGCCAGUACUCCUCUAAUGUGGUCCUGAAGGAAGUGACCACUCCUCCAGUCAAGAUUGAGAUCGCCCUGGACUAUGAGGGAGGAACGUUAACGUUCCACAGCACCAGAGGGCGCAGGGAGCACCUCCACACCUUCAAGGCUGUGUUUAGGGAGACAGUUUAUCCAGCAUUCGGUAUAAAUUCAAACACACCAGACUCCUGGAUCACGCUGCACAGUGGGAUGUGAAUGCAUCAUGCAUAGAACUUGCUUGGAUGGUCAGCCAAGUGAGCUGACUUCCAGCUAAAGCAAAAACAAACAAAAAACUUUUCUCUCAAAUCUUUUUAUGGAAUUAGAGAUUAAAAACGGGGAAGGCAGGAGGUUAGUUUGUGUAUACUGUAGCUUGAAAAUAAGAAUUGUACAAAAAAAAAAAUUAGGUGUAAUUCUGCUCUCAAAAAGUAGCUUGAAAAUGUUAUGCUUUAUUGUGCCACAUAAGAUUUUGCUGUUGAACAUUACUGCAUCAAAUAAACCGAGCAUUAUAUUCACGAGAUUGUUUACAAACUUUUGUUUUUUAUGUUUAUGGUGUUUUAAUGGAGUACAUAAAUCAAAACAGGUGCCUAUUACCUCUGUGAGAUCUUGAGAUAUUAACAUUUAAGUCUCAAGAUAGUGUUUGGAUUUAGUGUGUUUAGUAAAUGCUCCUGGAAAGCAUUGACUGUUGUGUGUUUGCCUUGUAUCCCUAUACAGUAAACACUGAUGUGCACAAACACUGAUAUUUA